AUGCCAAAGGGGAUCGAAAAGAGAGAAGCAUGCGAACAGAAAACAGUCUACUGCACAUUUAAUCCUGAUAACCAACACCAAGUUGCAGGUCAAAUUAGUUUCAAUCAACUAAAAAAUUGCUCUAUACUUAUCAAUGGACAGUUCAAUACCAAUUACAUCAAUAUGAUUCAUAUUACCUUAAAGCCUGAUGCUAUAGAACCUUCCAUCUUUAAUCUGGAAGAAUAUGUAAAAGAUUUUAAUAAGCCUUUUUAUAUCUCAAUUUCUAAAAAUCCUUUUCCUGCCGAUUUUUUUACGGUCAAAAAAUACUAUUGCGUAGCGGCGGCAGCGUUCGACAAUGUGGUGGUGCUUGGAUCUGCACAUAUCUUGUAA